AUGAAACGUGCUUCAGAUGAAUCAGAAGCUAUCAUAUCAAAGAAACCUCGUAAAGAUAGCCCAGAAACGGAGAAAACCUUUACUGUCUCACCUAUAGAAGCUUUUCGAGGAAGACUUCCUUUCUAUCGACAACCUGUUGAAGUCGGUUGCUUCUCCCUCGACAAUAAUAGAGGUUUUCACGACGACAAGCGACAGCUGAGAUAUUUUCGUCCUCCGCAUAAUAUAGACUUCGACCUUCGUGCCGGGUACAAAGAUUUUGUUAAAAGAAACGAGGAUGAAAAAGAAGGUUUGGAGCACUUGUUGCAGUGGGUCGACCGUCACAGGAGUAAAUUUGAAAUCAUUCAAAGUCCCACAGCGAAAAGUUUUCCAAGCGGUAAACCUCCUUCGAGGUAA